AACUACGAAAGUCAUCUUGAUGCAAUCGCCUUACAUGCUUAGUGAAUUUGAUAGCAACCUUCUUUCAUAGUUGAAUUUUACUAAAUGACAAAUAAAAAUUAGGUACAUUCGAGUAGUUGUUUUGUAUAGUGAUAAAAACAGUAUGUAUAAAGUGCAAUGCAUGUAUAGUUUGUGACAGUUACAAAAUUAUUUGAGCAAAUAUAAGCAAGUUACAGAAAGUCUAUAAAUUUACUCAUUGUAUGAACCUUGAUGAAACUGCUAUGGAGGACAACUGGAGAUGGAUUAAACAGGCACUAACUUCAACAAGUCAGGUGCUGAGCCACAACAAGCAUCAUCAUAAAGAAUCGCACUGUAUCAAAAACCUGGACAAGAUUCAAGAGAAGAAGAGCACGAAAACAACAAUUAACAGCAGUUGAACAAGAACAGAGAAAGUCAAGACAAACUGAAUGCACAGAGACAAAUAAGAAAGUGAAGAGGAGCAUUAGAGCUGACGAGCAGAAAUACGUCGAAGGCCCAUCAACGACAGCGGAAAAAGCUGAUCCAACGAAGAAAUAAGAAGGGAAAUAUAGCAAACCACAGCACCCAGUCAAGAACAAACGAGGAGGAAAGUCACCGCCGUUCAAGAACUGCGGAACAGGUGAGUAAGACACAAGGAAGAACUCUUGAAUAGACCUGACUAAUUAAGCCCACAGGAUAUCGAAGCAGCACACACAGAGCUUCUCACAGCUGUCAGACAUAGAAGUUACUGAAAACAUGCUCCUUGUUCUAUUCAAGAAGAUUUGGGGGAAGGAACAAGUGCCAUCAACAGACUGGAAGGUUGGAUACCUCAUCAGCAUACAAAAGAAAGAUCUCAGUAAGUGUGAGGACUAAGGAGGAUAGGACAUACAUUGAAGAAAUCAUCAAACUGCAUCACGAGUCAAGUGCUAACUUGGAAUCUUGAAAGGGAAUGGAAAAGAGGCAGAUGAAAGAACACAUUUUGAUGAGAAUUGGAAGAAGACAUUAAAUGUAUGAGUCGCGUUUAGGAAGAACUAGAAGGGAGAGAUCAUUAUAGGGUUGGUUAGAGAAUGAUAAUGGAUGGCCUAUGGUUCUCCUCGAAGUGUAACAAGAAUAUCUUGUUGAAGGAACAAAAGUCCAACAAACUAACAGUCCGCACCUCUUAUCACCCUAGCAAUGUAUACUAAGCUUUCAGUUUUAGGUUGUUAAUAUUGUUGAAAUUGUUUGAAAUCAUUAACCGAUUGAAGUUAGAUCACUGUUGAAAAUAUGGUCCAACUUAGAUCGCCUCAUGAGUUCAAUGAUAUACCAAGUUGUAAAUGAGAACAUUAACUAUGAAGUUGGACGAAUAAUUUUCAUAUCAUGAUUGUCUAAUCCUCUUCAACAUCCUAUCCCUAAUCUCAAUAUUUUGUUUUACAUUUUCACUUAGAUACUUCUGAAUAUAUUAUAUAUAAAGUUAGCAUAACUAAAUAAUGACUUAAGAACUAUUGAAGUUUCUUGACUUUUGUUUUUUUUUCAGACUACUAACGACCUUUCAUACAUUUGAAUUACAAUAGUUUUGUCAAAGUCCUGUUCUAUAUAAAAACCCAAAAAGUAUUAUUUCAUGGUGUUAAUUUUAAAGUGUUACUCAACGCAAUAUUUACACGGAAAACCUGAAAUUAACAUCGGAACACUUGAAUUCGAACAGUUUACUGGGUAACUUAGCACUAUGGAAUUUGUUUUUCGACGGAUGCCCUAGUAAUUCACUUAGACAAAAAGAUUCUACACAACAAUAUCAAGUCAAUAACGAUCAUUACCGUAAUGAUGAUAUAUUGAUAUCUACACAAGACAUGGUAGCAGCUAAUUCAUCAAUGAAACCUAUUGACUUAUCAGUACUGUCAACGAAUAUGCAACAAUGUGGAACCAUUAAUAACUUGUCUGUUGACCAGCCACUAACAAAAAUAAAUGAAUCGUUGAUUGCAAAUCCUUAUUUAAAUUAUUACUAUAAUCCAAAGGAUAUUUCAUCAAUAUUGAAUAAACUGAAUAACUUAUUGAGCAUAAAUAAUCCUUAUAUGGAAUUAAUGCACCAGUCGUCUGUGAUAAGUAAUUUAAACACGUCACAAUCCAAAUUUUCUGUGGAUCCCACUUUGUUUUCUACCAAAGGUGAUAUAAACAAUAAUGACAAUCAUAGUUCGGUAGUUAAUGUUUCUCAAGAUGGACAAUUAAAUGCAUCACAACCAUGGGUUAAAAAACCUAAAUUUUCAAUCUUAGAAUUAAUUAACACACCAAAAAAUGUAGUCGACAAUUCUACAACUGACCAAAGCACCAAAGUUUCUGGUACUAAAAAAUCAGGAAAUAACACAAGAAAUAAGCGUUUCAAGUGUCAGCUAUGCAAUCACACAUUUUCUACACAAACUAGCCUAUUAAAACACACAAAUAGUUUGCAUACUACUCAAUAUUUGAGGCAGGCAAAUUCACCAGGUGUUCCUUUAACUUCAUCAUCACCAUCAUCAGUAAAUGUAACAGAAAGUAAUGAACUAGUGAUUCAUGACAAUAAAAAUGGGAAAGCAUAUCAAAAUGUGUAUGGUAUGAAUAGAUCACGAAAUGUUUUGCCAAAUACUGGUGGUAACUCAUCAAUAGGACUUAGUGUUAUUUCUUCGAACUCAAGGAGUAGAAACAAAGAUUGUUGUAAUAGUGACUGUUCAAGUCAAAUGAAUCCUAUGAUGACCUCAACAACAACAGUGACAUCUGCACCAGAUCAUCAUUAUGGACAUCCAUAUUUCUGCCAUUUGUGUAAUAAAGUAUACUAUUCAAUGUCUGCAUUGAAAAUGCAUGUACGUACGCAUACAUUACCAUGUAAAUGUAAUUUAUGCGGCAAAGCAUUUUCACGGAUGUGGCUAUUAAACGGACAUUUAAGAACUCAUACGGGUGAAAAACCAUUUGGAUGCAUGAUAUGCACCAGAGCAUUUGCUGAUAGAUCUAAUUUAAGAGCACAUAUGCAAACACAUUCUGAAGUAAAACGUUAUCAAUGUCUACAUUGUGAUAGGACAUUUUCGCGCAUGGGUUUAUUAACUAAACACCAAACCACUUCAUGUCUCCAACAAAUGAAAAAAUCAACAAAAUCACGAAAUAUUAUUAAAACUACUGAAUAUAUAUUUGACAAUAAAAUUGUACCUGAAUCGAAAAAAUUAAGACAUGUUCAUUGAAAAAAAAAAAAAGAAAAUGUGAAACAAAUCACUCAGUGCAAUAUUUAUUACUUCUUCACUAUUUGUUUUAUCAUAUAUUUAAAAGUUGAAAUUGAGUAAAAAGAAACGUCAUUAUGAUAAUUUUGUGGAAACUGUUUAUUCUUUUCUGAGACUUCUACCUAUAGAGGUUCCUAUUAGAAGUGCAUAUGAAAGGAACACAAAUUAAUGAAAAGUAACAUUCAGUAAAUGUGAUAAAGAAAUUCAAUAUUAGGUAAAUAAAUUUAGAUGUUUUGUGAGGAGAAGUCAACAACGUAGAAUUUCGUACGUACGUAUAUCAGUCCGAGUUGCCACACCAUAUUAGCACAGAGAUGCAGUUGUCGAUUCAAAUCCCGUAAUGGUAGAGGUAGUAAAAGUAUAAGCAGUAAUCGGAAAGAUUAGGGUUUGAAGAUAUUAUUUAAGGAGUAUAAUCCAUAAUCGGAAAGAUUAGGGUUUGAAGAUAUUAUUUAAGGAGUAUAAUCCAGUGAAAUAAAUUUUGAAAGAGAAGAAAGGGGACAUGAAGAAUUCAGAAGAUUGGAAUUUGGGAAAACACAAAGAGUGGAUGCACCUGCGCCAUGUCAAUCAAGGUCUCUAACCAUCGUUUGCUAUCGUCUCACGGAUCCCAACCAUUUUGUCUACACCUACCAACAUGGCUCAGCCCACUUGUUAAUGACUUUAUGGAUUUGUGCCAUGUUUUGGUCUGGCCGACCAUAGCUUUCUUCCAACCUACUCCUACACCAUAAAACAUCGCACGUCAGGGCAUUUGGUGGUUGGGCAUACGUAACAUGUGUCCCAGCCAUCUCAACUGAUGAAGUUUCACUACUUCAUCAAUUGAUUUGCCAUCCUUACCCAGUACCCGUUUCCUAACAACUGAGUUACUCGGUGGUCCCAGGAUAUAUGAGCAAUGCUUCGAAGAUAUAUAUGAUCGAAUAAUAGUAACUUACGAAUGUCCUCUACUCUUACUGGCCAUGUUUCACUGCCAUAAAGUAGGUCAGAACGAACUGCUGCGCAGUAAACACGUCCUUUGGUUGAUAGACGGAUAUCUCGCCUACGCCAUAAAUGACGCAAGUUGGCAAAAGCUAGUCGAGCUUUCUGUAUCCGUGCUGAGAUUUCGUCACACACCGGACUACAAGGGCUGAUGAGACUCCCAAGAUAAGAAGAGGUCGACACGCUCAAUUACUUCACUCCCUAUCAUUAGUUCGGGUGUCGAUGCAACCCAAUCCUGAAGCAUCAUUUGUACCUGCUGAUAACCAACUAUAAAGUAAGAUAUUUGUUUAUUGAAAUCACAACACAUACAGUAGGGUACGACUUAUACAAGCAAGUAAAUAAUCAAUUUAUUGAUCGGGUUCAAUAAAAUGAUGAAUGUUUAGGGAUACGUAUGUGUUAGGUGGAUUGGUGAUUAAAUUACUGAAGUCAACAAAUGAGUUUCAGCCUCGGGUACAGUUUUACCUUUUCUGAUAUAACCGAACAGUGUCACUGACUUUUAUACGAAAGUGACGCUCAAAAUCGACUUGACGUGUACUUAGCGAAUGGGUUGCAUUGCAUUUUACACGUGUGCGAAAACAUUGAGUGAACUGAAAUACAAGUUUACGGUUGGAAAUGAGGAUGAAUAAGUUAAACCUGUGUCACCACAACUAUUGAUCAUAAAAAUGUAGCUACUAUAAACAUCAUGCAUAAAACAAAAGCUAGACUGAAAGCGAUAAAAUAUAUGUUUAGCUAAAAACAAAGAAGGGUUGUGUCUUAAACCUCUAGCCAACAGAGAUCAAUGAAACUACCUGGAAAUAACUAUAUCAGGACCUGGGAUAUUAUUCCAACUCAGCAAAUCUUUACAAGCUAUAGCUACAUUGAAAAUGGAACGAACUUACAUAAAACUUAAUGAUUAAUUUCAAAAUCCCGGAUAAAAUGAUACGUAAAAUAAAAUGAGCGUGACGUUCAUUCAUACAAGUAACAUGCGAGUUAUGAUAUCGAGUGAAAUUGUAACUUUAAUGCAGAAUUUCAUGACAUUUACAUGUUGGUAUUCUCAUAAACAGAAUGCUCAGAAAUCUGUUUCAAAUACAAAUAUUUUUUUACUUAUAUAUAUAUCACAGCCCUUCACUUCAACUAUUGGCUAGUAUUAUACGAUUUGCUGUUCUUAAUUUAUUCCCAAUCUAUUAGUUCCGGUCUCUUAUACUCACAGCCACUUUUGGCCUGAUCUUGUAUAGUUGUUAUUUUUUAUUUUAUGGCGUGAUAAGGUCUAGUCUACUUGUAUAUAAAUUACGAAUAUCUGAAAUAUGUUAUUCGUAAGAUGAGGGUUGAUAUUGUGUUCUGAAAUCAACGAGCAGGGAUAGGUGAGAAGCUACUAUUAUUAAGGACCAAUAAUGAUUCAGGGCUGCUGGUGCUGGUUACUGUCAUUGGUUUAUAACAGGGACAAGGUGACAGAACUCGGUAUUCUGAUUGACGAUUUUGUCACGUGAUAAUUGACAGGGGCAGAAAUCAUAAAAUGUGUAAUUUACACACAACUUCAUAUUGGUUCUGCCUUGGUGUAGGGCAAAUGUCGAGCAAAACUAAAUAUCAAAAUAGUAAGAAACUGAUAAUAAAAAUGAUAAUAUACUUUAAAAGUGUCAGUCAAUUUAUGAGUGAAAAAAAAGAAUUCUGAAGCUAAAUAUUAAUAAAUUAGGGGUUGAACCUCAAU